CUGCGUCGGCGCCAUUUCUUUCCGCGCCGCAGAUCCGUGCGUUAGCCGUCGCGCGGUUUAUCUGUCAUAAUCUGUCGAUCUGGCACGCGCGUUAGAUUCGUGAAGACGCACGCGAUUCUCGGACGACGACCGACCGGCCCGCGGCUGCUUGGCGGCGUGCUGUGUCACGUCAACGGGGGGCGCGGACCUUUUCGAAAGUGGAACACACGUAGGCAACAGGUGUCCACGUUGAUUGUCGCACGCGUUCGCACGAUUGACGUCGACGACGAGGAGAAGAAAGGGAGGGACGGGAUCUCGCGGCUGUUCAGCUCGUCACAACACUUCCUGGGAUCGAAGCUUUUGGAAACAUCCGCCGAGAUCCUUGACCUCGCCAAGGCUUUCUCGACAGAAUGAAUUACGACUACCUGGUGAAGUUCCUGGCGCUCGGGAACUCCGGCGUCGGCAAGACGAGCUUUCUCUACCAGUAUACCGAUGGCACCUUUAACUCUCGAUUUAUAUCCACCGUUGGGAUAGAUUUCAAGGAGAAACGAGUGAUAUAUCAAACAGCAAAUGGAAGGAGUCAGCGAGUGCACUUGCAACUUUGGGACACAGCUGGUCAGGAAAGGUUCAGAAGUCUAACCACAGCCUUUUACCGGGAUUCCAUGGGUUUCCUACUAAUUUUUGACCUCACCAAUGAAUCAUCGUUUCUUGAAGUUAGAAACUGGCUGGAGCAGCUUAGGACACACGCGUAUUGUGAUGAUCCAGACAUAAUUCUCUGUGGCAAUAAAUCCGAUCUUGAAGAUAAACGCGUUGUCAGUGAACAUAAAGCGCGAGAUCUUGCCGAAAGACACGGCUUGGUUUACCUGGAGACGAGUGCUGCAACCGGGCAAAAUGUCGAGCGCGCGGUAGAAAUUUUACUGGACCGCGUAAUGCGCAGGAUGGAAGCUACGGUGGACAAAUCACCGCUACCACAUCAAAAAGGUUUAAGAUGUCAUGAGCGCGAUACUCCGCCACCGAGGAGUUCCUGCUAUUGCUGACAGUGUCGGUACAUGUAGUUAUUCAAACUACAUUAUGUCUGUCGAAAUCAAAGGAA